CCAGCGCUGCUGUCGCCACGCACGGGCUCGACAUCCAUGGCCAUCGUCAUCGGGUUCAUGUUGUGAAUUUUGCAUUUCCACAAGUGGAGUGAAUGACGUUUUUUAAAAUAAUGAUAAUAACAUGUUCAUUCUGUAUUUGCAAAGCGAAGUGCAGCAAGGAUGAGAAGUUAGGCUUUUUCCGGUUUCCGUGUAAACGUGCACCCGCAGCAGCGAGACACAGGCAUGGAUACGCGCAUCGAAAGUAAAAAAGGCACAGAUUGCAACUAGUGGCAGUCUACCAGUCUACAGCCUACCAAAGACGGCAGAGUAUGUGGAUCGACAUUUCACUACAGGCAUGCUUUCUUCAACAGUCCUGCGAGUUUUCGCAAAGAGCAUGAGCCACCGACGCCACCGACAUUCCACUUCUGACAACUUUCGACAGUGAACCGGUGCUCCCCGCCUAUAUGCGUGCUUCUUUUCCCUGUCUCUGGAUAACUGGUGCACCCUGUCGCACCCCACCUAUACAUGCUGAAAACGACCUCACGGAGUCAACCGAUUUGACAUUGCAUGCCGGUGCCAACGCGGGUACUCGUGAGGGAUAUCUUCGGGAACAGAAGGCCCAUUACCACCUGAGCUGUAAAGUAACUCUUUAAAGGCCUAACAAUGAAUGUGAGGGAUUUCAUCCAUGUGAAGGAAGAACUUCAGGACAGCAGCCUCUCUGUUUCACCAGAAAACCACAAAGAUUAUCGCGGAUGUGCUACUGAAACGACAGAGGUUCAUAUCACUGAAUGCUUUCCAGACUUAACAAUGAACAGAUGUGAUUCCAUCCACGUGAAAGAAGAACCUCAGGAGGACAGCUUUUCCAUGUCACCUGAAAACAACAGAGGUACCAACAGAACCACGGGGGUACACAUCACCGAAUGCUUUUCAGAAGAUGCAACAUCUGUUGGUUAUUGCGUGAAGGCAAAGCGUCCGGGAAACUUUACUUUACCAGGAAAUCAUGGAAACAGCAAUGAAAUCGUCAAGGGCGACUAUACAGACUGGUCAAUGAACGGAAGAGAUUCCAUCCAAGUGAAGGAAGAACCUCAGGACCACAGCUUUGCUGUAUCACCAGACAACGACAGAGACUACAGCGGAGGUAUCAUCGAAACCACAGCGGUACAUAUCACCAAAUGCUUUCCAGAAUCAGUAAUGCCUGGAAUGGAUUCUACCUCCAUCAAGGAAGAACCCCAAGAAAUCUCCCCUCUACCUGUAAACCAUGAAGAUGCAGAAGAGCUCAUCACUGCUGACUGUUUAGACUUUACAGUGAACAGAAGUGAUACCAUCCAUGUGAAGGAAGAACCUCAAGAUCACAGCUUUCCUGUGUCACCAGAAAACCACACAGAUUACGACGGAGGUGCCAUUGAGACCACAGAAGUACAUAUCACAGAAUGCUUUCCAGAAUCAGCAAUUGCUGAAGUGGAUUCCACUUUCAUCAAGGAAGAACCGCAAGAAAUUUCUCCAGUAAACAAUGGAAACGACGAGGAGCUUAUUACUGCGGACUGCUCAGGGAUGGACUUUUCUUCGUCUUUCUUUUACCGGAACAAAGCUGUUCCAGAGGACAUUCCGUCUGAUACAGAGUCUGUUGUGUCAGGGAGUGACGAUGACUUCACGCCCCGUGAUGAUGAAAUAUCAGAGAGUGGAAGCAUGUCAAGUGAAGUUGAUGGGGAAGACGAGGAUACAAGCACUGUCACCAACAAAAGGCCCAUAAAGUGGAUGAAAAAGGAUUAUUCACCGUCCCUGAAUCAAUUUUCUGAGUUCACUGGAGUACUAUGUGACAGCCUAUUUGAGACUGAAGUGCGCCCUGUGGAUGUGUUUCUCCAGUUGUUUCCUGAAGAUUUGAUUGACGACAUGGUCUUUCAGACCAACUUGUAUGCCGUCCAGAACGCUACGACAUUUCCCCCAACAAACAACGAGGAAAUGAAGGCAUUUCUGGCCAUAAAUAUCCUCAUGGGAAUCAAGAAACUCCCGAGCUACAGGGACUAUUGGUCUAGCAUGGAAAUAAUGAGGGAUCCGUACAUUGCAAACGUCAUGUCGGUAAAGCGCUUUAGCAGCCUUCUUUCUAAUUUUCACAUCAGCGACAACAGCAGGGCACCUGAACGUGGAACGAAGGAUUACGACAAGCUCUACAAGGUGCGCCCACUGCUGAACAGGCUCAGCCAAACUUUUGCAAAAUGUUACGCCCCAACCAAGUACCAGAGUGUCGACGAAUCUGUGAUAAAAUUCAAAGGGAGGUCCACGCUAAAGCAAUAUAUGCCGCAGAAGCUGAUCAAACGCGGGUACAAGGUGUGGGUUCGAGCCGACGCAAACGGGUACAUCUGCCAGUUUGAGAUCUAUACUGGCCGUGAAAAGGAUACGGUGCCCGAGCACGGCCUUGGUGAACGUGUUGUGCGAUCCCUGUCAGAGGCCCUCCAGAACAAACAUCAUCACGUGUUCUUUGAUAAUUUCUUUACAUCGGUGCCUCUGCUCACAGACCUUCUGGAGAAAGGUGUAUAUGCCACUGGUGCCAUUCGUGCAAACAGGAAGUUUCUUCCAGAACUCAAGUCCGACAAGGAAAUGAAAAGGGGGGACGUAGACCAGAGAGUGUCAGCUAGGGGUAUCUUGGUAGCCAAAUGGAAGGUCAAGAGGUGUGUGACAGUUGCAUCAAAUGCCCACGGUACCGAGGUAUCAACAGUGCCGAGGAAGUCCAAAGACGGAUCAACAGAAACCAUCUCGUGCCCACAGAUGGUCCUAGACUACAAUUCCCACAUGGGAUACGUGGACAAAGCUGAUAUGAUGAAGAGUAUUUAUGAAAUCGACAGGAAAAGCCGCAAGUGGUGGCAUCGCAUUGCUUUUCAUUUCCUGGAUGUUGCAAUAGUAAACGCGCAUGUCCUAUACAGUCAGGUAGCCACGAAUGCCAAUGUCACCCUCAAGGAUUUUCGCACGGAACUUGUAGCAGGCAUGCUGGGAGCACAAGAACUCAAUAAAAAGGGGACAAAAAGGAAGCGAUCUGAGAUUUGCUCAUUCAAGAAGCAGGUUCCCGCUGACAUCAGGUAUGACAAGGUUGCCCAUCUGCCGACACAUUCAAAGUCGAGGAGGUGUUCCCACUGCAGCACGAGGGCCACACCCAGGCGUACUCGGUGGAUAUGCAGGACAUGUGAUGUGGGACUGUGUUUGCAGCAAGAAAGAAACUGUUUUAUUGAGUAUCAUACAAAGUAAACGUUGUGUGCUAAAUGGGCAGUGGUUCCAUAAUGUGUGCCACGUUGUAUAAUAAAAAGUACGAAUAAAUUUUUGAAAAACUGU